ACUAUUUAAGAAGAUUAACUGAAUCUGUUUAGGAAAUCAUUACCAUAUCGCUAAUGUGUGUAUUAGCAAGUUGAUAGUGAUGUUUAUAGGAAUAUUCAUACUUUUAUUGGCAACAUUCAAGUUGGCUGCUACUGAUAAAUGCGAAAGAAUAGAUUGGCUACAACCUUUCAGUAAUGCCAGUGAUUUUUUCUGCUACUCCAACGGAUGGUUUCCAGAUAAAACCGAUUAUGAUUGCCGUAGAUAUUUUGUUUGUAUAAAAAAUUCGGAAAAUUUUAUACGGAUUUACCUGUCAUGUCCGGUUGGGACAUAUUUCAAUCCUCAUGUUAUAAGCUGUACGAAAGAUUAUGUAUGUCCCUAUCAUCUAACUACAACAACGACAGCGACAACAAAUAGGACAACAACAGAAGAAAUGCAACAAUCAAGAUUUUCAAAUUUGUGUUUAUACAAAACGAAUUUGAAUCAUUUCAAAUGCAAAACUAGCGGACGUUUCCCGAAUUACAACGAUCUUACUUGCGGUUCUUAUUUUCAUUGUAUCAAUGUCAUUUUCCCAAUUUUGAUUCUAAAAACGAAAUUGAAUUGUGGGCCUGCUACGUACUUCAAUCCUGAUACGAAACUAUGUGAAAUUGAUUAUGUAUGUCCUUGCAAUAAUAAUUUAACUACAAAUAAUGGUGAUUCGUUAUACUCAGAUACCACUAUGUCACUAUCUCCGGCAAUAAUUGAAUCUACAACUAUGUAUCAACCGUCUGUAGUGUCUACUACUAAUACGGAAACUGUUUCAAAACGUACUUCCUACUAUAUAACUGAAUCUACUUCUAUCGAUGAAUGUUUUUUCAAUUCUGAUCCAAAUUACUUCACCUGUACUGUUGAAGGUAGAUUCAGAAACGCAAACGACAAGACUUGUCAAACUUAUUUCUUGUGUAACAUCCUCAGUAGUGGUCGUGUCAUACAAACCAAAUAUUCUUGUCCAACUAAUUCUUAUUUCAAUCCCGAAAAGCAACUUUGCGAUGCAGAUUAUGAUUGCCCUUGUUCUUCAUCAGAAACUACAACAACUGAAGUGAUUACGACACAAGAAAUGACUGAAAUCACCACAGAAAGAGUUAAAACCGACAUAAUAGAAGGAACUACAGAAGAAAUGAUUACUGAAGAUGAUGAUAUUAAAACUACAAUAGGAAAUACGACGGAAUCAACCAGCACUUUGAAGGUUUCUACUGACACUACGUCUAUCGAUGAAUGUUUUUUCAAUUCUGAUCCAAAUUACUUCACCUGUACUGUUAAAGGUAGAUUCAGAAACGCAAACGACAAGACUUGUCAAACUUAUUUCUGGUGUUACAUCCUGAGUAGUGGUCGUGUCAUACAAACCAAAUAUUCUUGUCCAACUAAUUCUUAUUUCAAUCCCGAAAAGCAACUUUGCCAUGCAGAUUAUGAUUGUCCUUGUUCUUCUUCAGAAACCACUACAACUGAAGUGACUAGCACACAAGAAAUGACUGAAAUCACCACAGAAAGAGUUAAAACCGUCAUAAUAGAAGGAACUACAGAAGAAAUGAUUACUGAAGAUGAUGAUAUUAAAACUACAAUAGGAAAUACGACGGAAUCAACCAGCACUUUGAAGGUUUCUACUGACACUACGUCUAUCGAUGAAUGUUUUUUCAAUUCUGAUCCAAAUUACUUCACCUGUACUGUUAAAGGUAGAUUCAGAAACGCAAACGACAAGACUUGUCAAACUUAUUUCUGGUGUUACAUCCUGAGUAGUGGUCGUGUCAUACAAACCAAAUAUUCUUGUCCAACUAAUUCUUAUUUCAAUCCCGAAAAGCAACUUUGCCAUGCAGAUUAUGAUUGCCCUUGUUCUUCAUCAGAAACUACAACAACUGAAGUGAUUACGACACAAGAAAUGACUGAAAUCACCACAGAAAGAGUUAAAACCGACAUAAUAGAAGGAACUACAGAAGAAAUGAUUACUGAAGAUGAUGAUAUUAAAACUACAAUAGGAAAUACGACGGAAUCAACCAGCACUUUGGAUGUUUCUACUGAUACUACCUCUAUUGAUGAAUGUUCUUUCAAUUCUGAUCCAAAUUACUUCACCUGUACUGUUCAAGGUAGAUUCAGAAAUGCAAACGACAAGACUUGUCAAACUUAUUUCUGGUGUUACAUCCUGAGUAGUGGUCGUGUCAUACAAACCAAAUAUUCUUGUCCAACUAAUUCUUAUUUCAAUCCCGAAAAGCAACUUUGCGAUGCAGAUUAUGAUUGUCCUUGUUCUUCUUCAGAAACCACUACAACUGAAGUGACUAGCACACAAGAAAUGACUGAAAUCACCACAGAAAGAGUUAAAACCGUCAUAAUAGAAGGAACUACAGAAGAAAUGAUUACUGAAGAUGAUGAUAUUAAAACUACAAUAGGAAAUACGACGGAAUCAACCAGCACUUUGAAGGUUUCUACUGAUACUACCUCUAUUGAUGAAUGUUCUUUCAAUUCUGAUCCAAAUUACUUCACCUGUACUGUUCAAGGUAGAUUCAGAAAUGCAAACGACAAGACUUGUCAAACUUAUUUCUGGUGUUACAUCCUGAGUAGUGGUCGUGUCAUACAAACCAAAUAUUCUUGUCCAACUAAUUCUUAUUUCAAUCCCGAAAAGCAACUUUGCGAUGCAGAUUAUGAUUGUCCUUGUUCUUCUUCAGAAACCACUACAACUGAAGUGACUAGCACACAAGAAAUGACUGAAAUCACCACAGAAAGAGUUAAAACCGUCAUAAUAGAAGGAACUACAGAAGAAAUGAUUACUGAAGAUGAUGAUAUUAAAACUACAAUAGGAAAUACGACGGAAUCAACCAGCACUUUGAAGGUUUCUACUGAUACUACCUCUAUUGAUGAAUGUUCUUUCAAUUCUGAUCCAAAUUACUUCACCUGUACUGUUCAAGGUAGAUUCAGAAAUGCAAACGACAAGACUUGUCAAACUUAUUUCUGGUGUUACAUCCUGAGUAGUGGUCGUGUCAUACAAACCAAAUAUUCUUGUCCAACUAAUUCUUAUUUCAAUCCCGAAAAGCAACUUUGCGAUGCAGAUUAUGAUUGUCCUUGUUCUUCUUCAGAAACCACUACAACUGAAGUGACUAGCACACAAGAAAUGACUGAAAUCACCACAGAAAGAGUUAAAACCGUCAUAAUAGAAGGAACUACAGAAGAAAUGAUUACUGAAGAUGAUGAUAUUAAAACUACAAUAGGAAAUACGACGGAAUCAACCAGCACUUUGAAGGUUUCUACUGACACUACGUCUAUCGAUGAAUGUUUUUUCAAUUCUGAUCCAAAUUACUUCACCUGUACUGUUAAAGGUAGAUUCAGAAACGCAAACGACAAGACUUGUCAAACUUAUUUCUUGUGUAACAUCCUCAGUAGUGGUCGUGUCAUACAAACCAAAUAUUCUUGUCCAACUAAUUCUUAUUUCAAUCCCGAAAAGCAACUUUGCGAUGCAGAUUAUGAUUGUCCUUGUUCUUCUUCAGAAACCACUACAACUGAAGUGACUAGCACACAAGAAAUGACUGAAAUCACCACAGAAAGAGUUAAAACCGUCAUAAUAGAAGGAACUACAGAAGAAAUGAUUACUGAAGAUGAUGAUAUUAAAACUACAAUAGGAAAUACGACGGAAUCAACCAGCACUUUGGAUGUUUCUACUGAUACUACCUCUAUUGAUGAAUGUUCUUUCAAUUCUGAUCCAAAUUACUUCACCUGUACUGUUCAAGGUAGAUUCAGAAAUGCAAACGACAAGACUUGUCAAACUUAUUUCUGGUGUUACAUCCUGAGUAGUGGUCGUGUCAUACAAACCAAAUAUUCUUGUCCAACUAAUUCUUAUUUCAAUCCCGAAAAGCAACUUUGCGAUGCAGAUUAUGAUUGUCCUUGUUCUUCUUCAGAAACCACUACAACUGAAGUGACUAGCACACAAGAAAUGACUGAAAUCACCACAGAAAGAGUUAAAACCGUCAUAAUAGAAGGAACUACAGAAGAAAUGAUUACUGAAGAUGAUGAUAUUAAAACUACAAUAGGAAAUACGACGGAAUCAACCAGCACUUUGAAGGUUUCUACUGACACUACGUCUAUCGAUGAAUGUUUUUUCAAUUCUGAUCCAAAUUACUUCACCUGUACUGUUAAAGGUAGAUUCAGAAACGCAAACGACAAGACUUGUCAAACUUAUUUCUUGUGUAACAUCCUCAGUAGUGGUCGUGUCAUACAAACCAAAUAUUCUUGUCCAACUAAUUCUUAUUUCAAUCCCGAAAAGCAACUUUGCGAUGCAGAUUAUGAUUGUCCUUGUUCUUCUUCAGAAACCACUACAACUGAAGUGACUAGCACACAAGAAAUGACUGAAAUCACCACAGAAAGAGUUAAAACCGUCAUAAUAGAAGGAACUACAGAAGAAAUGAUUACUGAAGAUGAUGAUAUUAAAACUACAAUAGGAAAUACGACGGAAUCAACCAGCACUUUGGAUGUUUCUACUGAUACUACCUCUAUUGAUGAAUGUUCUUUCAAUUCUGAUCCAAAUUACUUCACCUGUACUGUUCAAGGUAGAUUCAGAAAUGCAAACGACAAGACUUGUCAAACUUAUUUCUGGUGUUACAUCCUGAGUAGUGGUCGUGUCAUACAAACCAAAUAUUCUUGUCCAACUAAUUCUUAUUUCAAUCCCGAAAAGCAACUUUGCGAUGCAGAUUAUGAUUGUCCUUGUUCUUCUUCAGAAACCACUACAACUGAAGUGACUAGCACACAAGAAAUGACUGAAAUCACCACAGAAAGAGUUAAAACCGUCAUAAUAGAAGGAACUACAGAAGAAAUGAUUACUGAAGAUGAUGAUAUUAAAACUACAAUAGGAAAUACGACGGAAUCAACCAGCACUUUGAAGGUUUCUACUGACACUACGUCUAUCGAUGAAUGUUUUUUCAAUUCUGAUCCAAAUUACUUCACCUGUACUGUUAAAGGUAGAUUCAGAAACGCAAACGACAAGACUUGUCAAACUUAUUUCUGGUGUUACAUCCUGAGUAGUGGUCGUGUCAUACAAACCAAAUAUUCUUGUCCAACUAAUUCUUAUUUCAAUCCCGAAAAGCAACUUUGCCAUGCAGAUUAUGAUUGUCCUUGUUCUUCUUCAGAAACCACUACAACUGAAGUGACUAGCACACAAGAAAUGACUGAAAUCACCACAGAAAGAGUUAAAACCGUCAUAAUAGAAGGAACUACAGAAGAAAUGAUUACUGAAGAUGAUGAUAUUAAAACUACAAUAGGAAAUACGACGGAACCAACCAGCACAUUGGAUGUUGCUACUGAUACUACCUCUAUUGAUGAAUGUUCUUUCAAUUCUGAUCCAAAUUACUUCACCUGUACUGUUAAAGGUAGAUUCAGAAACGCAAACGACACGACUUGUCAAACUUAUUUCUUGUGUAACAUCCUGAGUAGUGGUCGUGUCAUACAAACCAAAUAUUCUUGUCCAACUAAUUCUUAUUUCAAUCCCGAAAAGCAACUUUGCGAUGCAGAUUAUGAUUGUCCUUGUUCUUCAUCAGAAACUACAACAACUGAAGUGAUUACGACACAAGAAAUGACUGAAAUCACCACAGAAAGAGUUAACACCGACAUAAUAGAAGGAACUACAGAAGAAAUGAUUACUGAAGAUGAUGAUAUUAAAACUACAAUAGGAAAUACGACGGAACCAACCAGCACUUUGGAUGUUUCUACUGAUACUACCUCUAUUGAUGAAUGUUCUUUCAAUUCUGAUCCAAAUUACUUCACCUGUACUGUUAAAGGUAGAUUCAGAAACGCAAACGACAAGACUUGUCAAUCUUAUUUCUUGUGUAACAUCCUCAGUAGUGGUCGUGUCAUACAAACCAAAUAUUCUUGUCCAACUAAUUCUUAUUUCAAUCCCGAAAAGCAACUUUGCGAUGCAGAUUAUGAUUGUCCUUGUUCUUCAUCAGAAACUACAACAACUGAAGUGAUUACGACACAAGAAAUGACUGAAAUCACCACAGAAAGAGUUAACACCGACAUAAUAGAAGGAACUACAGAAGAAAUGAUUACUGAAGAUGAUGAUAUUAAAACUACAAUAGGAAAUACGACGGAAUCAACCAGCACUUUGGGGGUUUCUACUGAUACUACGUCUAUUGAUGAAUGUUCUUUCAAUUCUGAUCCAAAUUACUUCACCUGUACUGUUAAAGGUAGAUUCAGAAACGCAAACGACAAGACUUGUCAAACUUAUUUCUUGUGUAACAUCCUCAGUAGUGGUCGUGUCAUACAAACCAAAUAUUCUUGUCCAACUAAUUCUUAUUUCAAUCCCGAAAAGCAACUUUGCGAUGCAGAUUAUGAUUGCCCUUGUUCUUCAUCAGAAACUACAACAACUGAAGUGACUAGCACACAAGAAAUGACUGAAAUCACAACAGAAAGAGUUAAAACCGUCAUAAUAGAAGGAACUACAGAAGAAAUGAUUACUGAAGAUGAUGAUAUUAAAACUACAAUAGGAAAUACGACGGAAUCAACCAGCACUUUGGGGGUUUCUACUGAUACUACGUCUAUUGAUGAAUGUUCUUUCAAUUCUGAUCCAAAUUACUUCACCUGUACUGUUAAAGGUAGAUUCAGAAACGCAAACGACAAGACUUGUCAAACUUAUUUCUUGUGUAACAUCCUCAGUAGUGGUCGUGUCAUACAAACCAAAUAUUCUUGUCCAACUAAUUCUUAUUUCAAUCCCGAAAAGCAACUUUGCGAUGCAGAUUAUGAUUGCCCUUGUUCUUCAUCAGAAACUACAACAACUGAAGUGACUAGCACACAAGAAAUGACUGAAAUCACAACAGAAAGAGUUAAAACCGUCAUAAUAGAAGGAACUACAGAAGAAAUGAUUACUGAAGAUGAUGAUAUUAAAACUACAAUAGGAAAUACGACGGAAUCAACCAGCACUUUGGGGGUUUCUACUGAUACUACGUCUAUUGAUGAAUGUUCUUUCAAUUCUGAUCCAAAUUACUUCACCUGUACUGUUAAAGGUAGAUUCAGAAACGCAAACGACAAGACUUGUCAAACUUAUUUCUUGUGUAACAUCCUCAGUAGUGGUCGUGUCAUACAAACCAAAUAUUCUUGUCCAACUAAUUCUUAUUUCAAUCCCGAAAAGCAACUUUGCGAUGCAGAUUAUGAUUGCCCUUGUUCUUCAUCAGAAACUACAACAACUGAAGUGACUAGCACACAAGAAAUGACUGAAAUCACAACAGAAAGAGUUAAAACCGUCAUAAUAGAAGGAACUACAGAAGAAAUGAUUACUGAAGAUGAUGAUAUUAAAACUACAAUAGGAAAUACGACGGAAUCAACCAGCACUUUGGGGGUUUCUACUGAUACUACGUCUAUUGAUGAAUGUUCUUUCAAUUCUGAUCCAAAUUACUUCACCUGUACUGUUAAAGGUAGAUUCAGAAACGCAAACGACAAGACUUGUCAAACUUAUUUCUUGUGUAACAUCCUCAGUAGUGGUCGUGUCAUACAAACCAAAUAUUCUUGUCCAACUAAUUCUUAUUUCAAUCCCGAAAAGCAACUUUGCGAUGCAGAUUAUGAUUGCCCUUGUUCUUCAUCAGAAACUACAACAACUGAAGUGACUAGCACACAAGAAAUGACUGAAAUCACAACAGAAAGAGUUAAAACCGUCAUAAUAGAAGGAACUACAGAAGAAAUGAUUACUGAAGAUGAUGAUAUUAAAACUACAAUAGGAAAUACGACGGAAUCAACCAGCACUUUGAAGGUUUCUACUGACACUACGUCUAUCGAUGAAUGUUUUUUCAAUUCUGAUCCAAAUUACUUCACCUGUACUGUUCAAGGUAGAUUCAGAAAUGCAAACGACAAGACUUGUCAAACUUAUUUCUUGUGUAACAUUCUGAGUAAUGGUCGUGUCAUACAAACCAAAUAUUCUUGUCCAACUAAUUCUUAUUUCAAUCCCGAAAAGCAACUUUGCGAUGCAGAUUAUAAAUGUCAAUGUUCAUCUUAAUAAUUGAUUUUGUAAAGUAAUAAUAUUUAUGAUUUUAUACGUCUAUUUCAACGUUCAUAAUAAUUACAUUGUAUUAAAAUAUUUUCUUAUAAUUAUACUGAUUAUCCAAAAAAA